CAAGAACUGCAGCUAGGCCCGAGCUGGCGUAUAUUGCUUGAGUUUGUGUUUUCAACCGGCAAUGGCAGCUUCUUUGUUCCAAGUCUGUGGGGUGUUUUGGGCCACACUGGGGACCUUGCUUGUAGUCACAGCAGGGAUGAAUAUCACAGAAAGCAACAGGACCCACCAGACAUCAGGGAUGAGCACCACCGAAUGCAACACGGUCUACCAGAAACCCAUUUCUGAGAAAAGGACGAUCACACGCUUCGUUGCCGCAAGGUGGGGUAGCACUGUUUCCUUCAGGUGCCUUUCUGACUCUCUGGUGACUUGGUACAAAGUGACUAAGGAGGGCAAGCAGCUGGUGAUGAUGAACAGUUCCAGAGUCCAGGUGACACGGAAUGGCUCACUGCUCAUGAUGCACAUCAAAAGUAUCCAGCACAUCGACAACGGCAUCUACUUCUGUGAGACUGAAUACAACAAGAACAAAAAUCUGCAGCAGCAGAGCUGUGGCACUCAACUUAAAGUCAUGGGUGUCAGCAAGUUUGAGCAAGUACAGAAGCGAAACACCUUGAAAGAUGCCAUCAUCGUGGUCCAGUCCAUUCUUCUUGUCCUGUUUUUGAGUGUCCCUGUGUUUUUAACCCUGGGGAAGGGUGACAUUAAGGAUGCAUCUGAUGAGGACCACACUUAUGAGGGAUUGGCAGUUGAACUAGCUGAUACAUAUGAAGACAUUGGUACUUACCAGGACAAAGUAACAGACAAGUGGGAUUUUGGGGAGAAUCCUUGCGAGGAGUGAAAAGCUUUGCAACAUUCUCAGCAAGGCAUGCCACGCGUGACUUGACCAAUGGGCCUGCGAUCCCUGCUGUGGCCAUGUCCCCAGUGUCAACUUCUUGCUUUGGGGAGGCAUCAGAACGAGUUUUGCUUGGCUACUACAAAGUGCUUGGCUCUUGAUGUAACUCUUGCUUGCUUAAUCUGUCAUCUGCUGAACUACUAGAACAAAUGCAGCACCCACAUAUUCCUGGUUUCCAGGGCCUUGGGGAGGGAGUUUUUAAGAGGUACACAAAUCUGGGGUUGCAGUAGACUGUAUUUAAGGAACGCACUCCCAAAUGAGGAAAAAAUCAAAAUGGUACAGCAGUGAACCUGGGGACAAUUGGAUUCUUUCACACAUUCUUCAUACAUGAACAAUUUGCAUCAUCCUAAUUUGAAUGGUUUUCCUCUUACACAUGCACACAUUCUCAGUUCCAGAAUUUAGGGUGUUUUUAGGAAAACUGGAUAUUAGAAGUGUUGAAUUUGGUACCAAAAGUAGGGAUGGGGGAGAAAUUCAAUUUAGUUCGUAUUUAAAGGCAAAUCUACCUAAUCUGCACUUUCUGAAACAAUGUAAAUGUAAAUGUACUGCCUUCAAGUCGAUUCCGACUUAUGGUGACCCUAUGAAUAGGGUUUUCAUGAGGCUGAGAGGCAGUGACUGGCCCAAGGUCACCCAGUGAGCUUCAUGGCUACGUGGGGAUUCAAACCCUGGUCUCCCAGGUCAUAGUCCAACACCUUAACCACAAGAACCAAAACAUAGUCACAAAACUUAGUCACCCUUUGAAAUUUGCAUUUCUCCAAAUUUUGCAAUGCAAUUCUUCAGUCAAGUAAUGUGUACAAAAAUACAGAUGCUAGGGUAAAAUGUUCAUAAAAGUGCAAAUAUUAGUGAAAGGGGAACUUGCUUUGCAAAAAAUGUGCAUAAUAGGCAAAAUUGCAUACAAACAUAUAUAUUGGGAGAAUGCUGAUGAAUUUUCAUGAGCUAAAAAAAAUAAACGUGUGAAAAUGUGGAGAACUGAAGAUUGGAAAAAUUAGAAACAGAGAGAAACUAAAAUGGACAGAUUCACCUAUUCCUAACCAAAUGUUAGUGAUUUAGGAGAACCUGGCUGGGAGUCCAGAGUCUGUGAGUUCAAAUCCCCACUCAUGUCUCCUGGGUGUCAAGGGCCAGCUAAAGUUCACCCCACAGUGAGUGGCUCAGGGGCAGAGCUUGGAAAAGUUACUUUUUUGAACUACAACUCUAUCAGCCCAAUCCAGUGGCCAUGUUGGCUGGGGCUGAUGGGAGUUGUAGUUCAAAAAAGUAACUUUUCCAAGCUCUGCUCAGGGGUUGUGUGCCUUGCCACCUGUGCAGCCGUGGGCAAACUGCAUAUUCCCAAGGAGCCCACUUGCCCCCCAGCUGGCAGUUGUGGACAAGGAAGGAGCUGGCUUGUGCAGCUGUGGCAAGCUGAGCAGGCCCUAGCCAGCUGGGGAAAGCUAGCUUCAGAGGGAGGCAAUGGUAAACCCCCUCUGAAUACCGCUUACCAUGAAAUCCCUAUUCAUAGGGUAGCCAUAAGUCGGGAUCGACUUGAAGGCAGUCCAUUUUUCAUCAGGACUUUAAGAUAGGAAAUAAAAUCUACUGAGAAGUCCACUCAUCCAAGGCUUUAUAUUCACCGCUCCAUUUCAUCUCAAUGACACUUAUGCAAAAGAACUUCCCAAGGAAUUUAUUUUUCAAAAGUACCGCUCCAAGAAAAAAGUCAAAAGUGAUAUUUGAAAUUUUUCAAAAUUAAAAAAGAGUUCUUGUACUGAUUUGUUUAUUUAUUAUUGAAUUUUGACGUGGUAUGGACAAGUGAGAUUUGCAAGAAAAUGUUGCAAUGUAAAGGUCAGCUGAUCAGGAUUCCAGCUGCUCCAUUCCAUUUCCCCCCCUCCCUUGCCCCCAACUGCUAGUCAGGAUUCCAUGGCCACGCAUGGAGGUCUUUCUGCGCUCCCAACCGUCAGAUCUUUUUCCUAAACAUUUUUGUACCCCUGCAAAUGUUACCUCCCUCUUAUGCGCAGGUGGUGCCGUUUUUGCAUCAGUAAUAAGCAACGACGCUCACAGCCUGAAUGCCAAAAAUAGAGGGGAUUGUGUUUCUUUCAGCUCCAGGGAGGAUUUGAUUGAUCCAGAAAAGUGUGAGGGCAUAAGGAAACAGUGUACAUGCUGCCACACUUGUGAGAAAUGGUGUCCUGAGGCUCCCACGUGAGGGAAGCAUAGGGGGUGACACAUGGAGUCUGGGAUGGAUUACCAGUUUGUUAGGUGGAAUCCAUUUUCCUACCAGAAAUGUUCUGCUGCUCUGUUGGUAGAGUGAGCAGUUUAUACCUACAGCCACAAAGAAUAGCCAAAGGAUUACAGGCAGGGCCCGCUUAUAUGGUAGGUUCCGUUCCGGACUGCCGCCGAAAAGAGGAAACCGCUGAAAAGUGGAACCCAUUGAAAAUAAUGGUGCGCGUCGCGCGAAAAUGGCGUGCGACAAAAGAAACUGGCGUAAAAGAGGAACAAGCGCCUUAAAGCAGGGACUUUCCAGAAUUGAAAGCUGCCGCAUUAGCGCAAUGCCAAAAGGCAAAACACCAUAAAGCGGGGGCCCGCCUGUACUUGUGAAUAAGGAUCCUAAUCCAGUAGUUGCCAAACUUUUUUAGUAGUUCAAGUAGUUCCCACGGACCACUUGAAAAUUGCUGAGUGUCUUGGCACACCGCUUACUGAUUUUCCUGCCUGUUGUAGCAAUGUAAUUCCAUAGAAUUCAACUGGUAAUGUGAUAAAAUACCAUAUA